AUGUCUGAUAAAGAGAAUAACGAGAAUGUAUACGAAUAUGAAGCUGAAGAGAAUGAUGAUGAAUAUGACGAACAAUACGAUGAAUAUGAACAAGAAGAUGAAGACGACAGUUCAAUUGAUUUUAAUACAGCUCUUAUUCAAGAAAAUGGCAUAGGUGGAGAAAAUGCUGAGACCUUUCGGAACAGAAAAGGAUAUUUUUCGAUCAAUGUGCAAACUAUCACUAACGCAAAUUUAGAAAUAAUUGACAUUGUUGCACGAUGGCAAGGAUCUGUGCAUGAUAGUACGAUCUUUAGUAAUUCAAGAAUUAAUGCGAUGUUUGAAGCUGGCCAAUUUGGCAAAGCGCUACUCAAGGGUGAUGGUGGCUAUCCUCUAAAGCCACAUUUAAUGACACCUUUAAAUGCACCAAACACUCCUGCAGAACAACUAUACAAUGAGUCCCUCAUAAAAACACGUAAUUCGGUGGAGCUUGAAUUUGGAGUUUGGAAAAGGAGAUUUCCAAUUAUGGCAUUAGGCGUGCGAUUUAAACUUGCCAAUGUUUUGCUGGUAAUUGUCGCAACGGCUGUGCUACAUAAUAUAGCCCGCCGCGGAGAAGAGAAACCAAUUGUAGAUCCAAAUGUAAUUUUACCAGCACCACUGCAGGAUCUCAUUUUAAUGGAAAAUAUAAAACUUAAUGACGCACUUUAAGAUACAAUUUCGCUUAUUAACAGUUGGUAAACAAAUAGGGAUUAAUAUAUUUAUUU